ACUCUUUCUCGCCUCUUUUCCCUCCAUCCAAUCACUCCCCUUAGCAAUGGCUGCUCCAUGUCUGAACCAGCCUCAUCUCUCACUAUCUUCGUCCUCUUCAUUCUCGUGUUCCUCAUACUCAGCUUCGUCAAUUUCUCUGCUCAGUUUCUCGACACCUCCAAUCCCUUCAUUUUCUUCUUCCAAAUCCACCUUCUUUAAUCCACUCUCCAAGAACUUUAGGCACGUUGAAUCCACACCGCGAACUAGCAUCAGCAAUUGGCCGGUGAUUCGUAUGUCAUGGGACGGUCCUCUCGCUUCCGUUAAAUUGAUGAUUCAGGGCAAAAAUUUGAAGGUGUCAGAUGCAGUUAAGCAAUAUGUUGAAGAUAAGGUUGGUAAGGCAGUUCAGAAGCAUAGUCAACUUGUUCGAGAAGUUGAUGUUUGGUUGUCUGCCCGUGGGGGAGAGUUUGGAAAAGGCCCGAAGGUUCGAAGAUGUGAGGUGACUUUGUUUACGAAGAAGCAUGGAGUCAUUCGUGCUGAGGAAGAUGCUGAGACACUAUAUGGGAGUAUAGAUUUGGUCUCCUCAAUCAUACAGAGAAAGUUAAGGAAGAUUAAGGAGAAAGAUUCUGAUCAUGGUCGCCACAUGAAGGGCUUCAACAGACAGAAAUUUGGAGAGCCGGUGAUAGAAAUGGAGGAUGAUGUAGAUGCAGUUCCCCAGCAAGAGGAAGAUGGCUUUAUCGAUGAGAUUGUUCGAACCAAAUAUUUUGAGAUGCCACCUCUGACUGUCUCUGAGGCAAUUGAGCAGCUGGAAAAUGUUGACCAUGACUUCUACGGUUUUAGAAAUGAAGAAACUGGUGAGAUAAACAUUGUAUACAAAAGGAAAGCUGGCGGAUAUGGUCUCAUUAUACCUAAAGGGAAGGGCAAAGCUGAGAAACUAGAGCCUUUGGUGGUAGAGCCUGCUAGAGAACCCUCCUUGGCGGACUAAAUGGACUGGGAAAGGAAAGUCUUUUUGCAAGACAGAAAAAGUCGAGAAGAUACAAUCUGUCUAUAGAUUUUGAUGUUCAACUAUGUAACUGGAGGCUAAUGUUCCAACAGAGAAUCAUGAAUAUAGUGUUUGAGAUGAACUGAAGACAGACGUUUUGUGUAUAUGGUUAUGUCAUGUCAGUUACUAGAUUUUGAAAGAUCAUACGCACCAUUUGGUGCCUGGUGUUUGGGAAUUGGAAAACAACAUUGUAUGAUCUACCACUCUGAAUUCUGUAUAUAACUGAAUUAGUUUCAUGUUC